CUCUUUCUCGCGCUUUCUCUCUCUUUCCAUUACUUGCAAUUUGUUUCUUUGUAUUGAUAAGGUCAAUCCAGAGAACAAAGGAAGCUCCAUUUUUCUCAUAUUAAAAUAGUGAGAAAGAAAGAGGAGAGAGAGAGUUUAGGGUUUCAAAGUAAAAUUAUCUGGUGCAAUAUUUUGCUUUUAAACCUGAAAAACUAUUGGCGUUUUGCAGCACCUGGUAAUUGUAAUAAACAAAACAAGGAAACAGAAAAACAGAACAAAAAAAAAAAAAAAGCCUCCCAUAGCUUUCUUGUUUUGCACCUAAUUUUCAUUUCAAAUUGCUGUUUUGGUUUUCCCAAAUUAUCGCUUUGAUUUUUUUUUUUUCUCUACAAGAAACCGCGUUGUUUUUUUGGUCCUGUUUCCUGUUUUUGUGUGUCAGAGUGAGAAGAAAAUUUUCUCCUCUUUGAUUAUAUCCUCAAAUCCUAUCUUAACGUAAUCCAUUCCCUCAUCAACAUCCGAAAACCCCAGGAAAAAAAAUAUUAUUAUUAAAUCCUUCUUAGUCAAUUUUGAUUGGCAAAAAUACCUUCAAUCCUUUGUUUCUGAUUAACAACCAACUAAAUUAGGCUAAAAAUUAGAUUUUAAUAUCUGGGUUAUCUCCCAAUUCAUCUGAAAAACAAUUUUGAAUUUCUGGGUAUUGAAAUGACCCUAGGAAAAUCCUGUUGAAUCCGAUAUUUUGAUCUAAAGUAACCAGUAUCGGAUCCAGGAUUUGUUUAUUUAAUCAUGUCAGGGUCUUUAGAUAACUGGAGAAAUUAUUUCCGCACCGCAAAUGGGGAUAUAUUCGAUAUCAUCGACCACGCGGUGAUGGUUGCAGCUUUGGAUUGUCCAAAAGAAUUCAAAUUGAGAAGGGAUCGAAUUGCAGAGAAGUUGUUUACGUGUAAGGUGACUCAGUGUUUAGGCUGUAAAAGGGUGGAGUUGAAUGUUCCUUGUAAUGAGUCUGAUGAUGAUGAAGAAGAUGAAAUGAUCGGUCGUAAAAGAGAUGAAGGAGGUGGAAGUAAAGAAAGUAAGGUUAAUAGUAGUCGGGAUGAUUGGGAUAAUGAUAAUGAUCUUCAUAUAAAUGUUGAUAAUGAUAAUCAGAUUCUUAGUAAUUUUAGCUUCGGAGAAGCUGAGGCAUUGACUGAUGAGAUUGAAGAGGAAUCACAAAUUGUAGGAGAGGUGUUGAGAAUUAAAGAGAUUCUUGACAGCAGCCAAGAUGAGUCUGAUUCCAUGUUGUUUGAUUGCUUGAGGAGGCUUCAAUUGAUGGAUUUGACUGUGGAUACUCUCAAGGCGACCGAGAUUGGGAAGGCUGUUAAUAGCCUCAAAAAGCAUGGUUCCAAACAAAUUCGACAUCUUUCUCGAACUCUUAUACAGGGUUGGAAGGAUUUGGUCAAUGAAUGGGUCAGUGCUACAAAGGCUAUUGCAGUGGUUGCAGAAAGUACUCCUGAUUCUAUGGACCCAUCUGUUCUUGACGAAGAAGAAGGGCUUCCAUUUCCUCCUCUGGAUGAUUUAGCUUUCUUCGUAACUCCAACCACUGGAAUGGAGCUCUCACAGUUCUUUGAUGGCAUGGAUGAUGAUGGAAAUCCUCGGAACAGUGGGGAAUUCAUCAAGAACCGUGAAAAUGGAAGAAAACCAUCAGUGGAGCAACAAAAUAUUGUGAAGCGAAAACAGCAAACUACAGACGAGGUGAAUCUGCGUGCUAAGGACAAUAAGAGUCAACAAACGAAGAGACUUGAUUCUGUUGCGAAACCUAAUAAACCAUCGAACACCCAUUCUGGACCUGGUAGACCUCCCAAGCAAAGUAUGGGGCAAGGAAUGAAUAAUGAAUCAAAUGUUGAGCAGAAAACAGAUAAGGCUGCCAUCCACAAGAGGCCACUGAACUGUCAACAAGAUAGAUUCAAGUUGUCAGAUGAAGUUGCAGUCCAAGCAAAACUUGAAGCCACUAAGAGGAAACUUCAAGAGAGUUAUCAACAGGCCCAAAACGCAAAGAAGCAAAGGACAAUUCAGGUGAUGGACUUGCAUGAUCUCCCAAAGCAAGGACUUGGCCAUAGAAAUCCACAGGUGAGGCCUGGGAACCAUAACAGGCAUUGGGCAAAUGGUCGGCGGUAAAUUCUUCAGUAUGGAACUGUUUUGAUAGCCUUUCAAGAUUUUGUUCAUCCUGACAGACGGCGGAGAAAACAACAUUUUAGAACAUGGAGUUAUAGAGACCUAAUUUGAUAGAAUUAGGGGGUGGGUGGGCCAUCUAUCUCUUGUUGAUCGAAUGAAUUUCUUCUGUAAAGAGUCUUUAUAUGUACCCGCCCAUUUGAUUGAUACUAAACAGAAUUUCUGUUGUUUUUAAUUUUUUUAUUAUGAAUAGGCAAAUGGAAUUGAGGGAAAACAAGAGAAUGUUUGAAAACAAUGUAACAACAACAAUACCAAUAUCAUCAUCAAAGUUUAUUUUUAGUGAAAAUAUCUUGGAUUUUACCUUA